AUGUCCCUGGAGCGUUACGGUCUCCCUUCACCCGAAGGAGGUUCGAGGAGCCUGAAGUGCUCGAUGGCCGAUAUGGUGCGCUCCGCCGCUCGAGGAUGUGGGCUCCACUCCAUCAUCGAUUGUGAACGCUACACGAUAACUCACCAUGUUUCUGACGACCGCCAUAUGUCCGGAGUGAAGGAUGCGCUGAAGAAAUCAUCGGCGAGUCACGGGUUCGAGCUGACGCCCAUCCAGGUCGAGACCAUCGUAAACUGUGUGUGGAGGCCGACAUCCCGAGUCAACGUCGGAUACGACGUGCGUCGAGAUGGACACCCGAGCACAAGGGUUGUCAGGAAGUUCAUGUCUCCCGUGUCAGACAUGGGAUCUCCCGUUUUCAUAGACCUUCCCCCGGGCAUGGAGAAGACGAUCGUGGCACCCAUCGUGAGCCUCCUCCUUUCGGUGGAACGAAUGGACGAGGUGUGUCCACACAUGCAACACGGGGUGCAUCGAGGUGGGGGAGAGGGAGCCGGACGGGGGCCGAGUCUCCAUGAUCCCACCAACGGAUGUUUGACAAAGGCAGCCAACAUCAUGUCCUCCAUGUACCCGUCGGAGAGGUUCGUGGUGGGGGCGAACAAGAUCGCGGAAUCGCUCUCAAGAGAAGACUUCGACUUCGCCCUCAUCGUGUGCGAUUCCAGCUCCUUCGGUCCGACCAAGGCCCUAUCAGCGAGUGUCGCGUAUGGCUCCCUGUGCUUCGACGAAUGCACUGACAAUUGCGACAUCAAAAACAAUGCCGUCUACUCGAUCGUGCCGAGUAGCAUGAUCUACGGGAGGCUCCUGUUAAUCUCCGCGGAUUUCUCCAAGAUGACGGAAUACAACUCCAAGAUGGGAUCCAGCAGGAAAGGAUCGAUGAUUCGCAGGGUUUUCGGCAACAACCAGUCGCUCGAGAUGGCCCACGCGAUCAAGGGUAGGUUAGGGUCCUACGCAUACGGCGAGAACGCCACCACGACCAGGGGCGCGCCCCUGGUAGCCUGCCUCACCAUGAACGCCGUUUUCCCUCGGGACCAGAGGGAGACCGUCGUCGGCACAUCCGCCGACCUUAUUUCCGAUGUUAACCUCCACACGUUCGGGAUCUCGUACAGAGGUCCAUCUUCGAGAGGCUCGGGGCGUCCGCUGCGUUUGAUCUGA